AUGGCAGAGAUUGUGAUCUCAAUCGGGUCAAAGGUUGCAGAAUGCUUGGUGGGUCCGAUUUCACAAGGAGUUGCUCAUUUGUUCUGCUUUAGGAAAUUUAAUGAAGACUUUGAGAAAGCAAGACGAGAGCUGGAGGUGAAACUAGAAGACGUGAGAAACCGUAAGGAAGAAGCUGAUCGAAAAAAUGAAGACAUAAUGCCAGCCGUGGAGAAGUGGUUGGAUGAUGUGAAUGCUAUCCUACAAGAGGCGGAAAAGCUGCAACCAGAGCUUGAUCGAGGACGAAACAAUUGUUUCAAUGUGUCAGUUAGAUACUCAUUAUCCAAACAAAUGGAAAAUAAGGCUAAACAGAUGACGGAUCUCAAACAAAAGUCUGACUUUCCGGUAUUUGCCCAGUUGAGGCAACUUCCUGGCUUGACUGGCUUCCCUUCCAAAGACUUUAUGGAUUUCAAUUCAAGGAAGUCAACUUAUAAUCAUCUUUUGGAGGCAAUUAAAGAUGGCACAAACAAGAUGGUGGGUUUAUAUGGUAUGGCAGGAUCAGGCAAAACCACUUUGGCAGAAGAAGUGGGCAAGAAAUUAAAUGAGCUGAAGCUUUUUGACAAGGUCAUCAUCGUAGUCAUUUCGAAACCCCCAAAUAUUUUGAACAUUCAGCAACAAAUAGCGGAGAUAAUAGGCUUGCAACUUCAAGAGAAAACUCAGUCUGCGAGAGCACAAAGGCUAUUAGAAGGAUUGAAAAAUAAGAAGAUUCUUAUAAUAUUGGAUGAUGUCUGGGAGUGUCUAAGGCUUGAAGAUAUUGGCAUUUCACUCGUUGAAGGUUGCCAUGUGUUGUUAACCACUCGUCUUCGGAAUAUUUGUGUCUCUAUGGAUUGUGAGCCUUUGAUUGAACUCCCUUUGAUAACUAAGGAGGAGGCAUGGGAAUUAUUCAAGAAGCAUGCGAACCUGCGCAAUGAUCCCUCAAAUAAGUUUGAUGAUGUGGGAAGGAAAAUCAUUGAUGAGUGCAAGGAGCUACCUAUUGCAAUUGUUGUAGCUGGAAGAUCCUUAAAGGAAAAACGUAUUGAAGCGUGGGAGUUGACCCUAGGGAGACUAAAACAAUUCCAACCAAUGGAUGUUGAACCAGGUUUGAGAAGCCCUUAUGCUUGUCUCGAAUUGAGUUAUGAUAGUUUGCCAAAUCUAACAGCCAAGUCGCUCUACUUAUUAUGCUCUAUGUUCCCUGAAGAUCAUAAAAUCCAUAAAGAGGACUUAAUUCGAUUUGGCAAGAGAACACUUGAGCUAGAGGAGACUACUGACACAAUCGAGGAUGUGAGGCGACAGAUUUUAGUAGCUCUUGACAUCUUGUUAGAUUCUUGUUUGUUAAUAAGUACGGAUAAGGAAGCCUGUGUAAAAAUGCAUGACUUAGUUCGAGAUGUAGCUUUGUGGAUUGCAAAGAAGCAAUGUCAACCAAUUUUGGUUGAUAGCAAUGCAGUUUCAAACAUGUUGGUUAGAAACCACCAAAGUCUGAAAGAUGUAAAGACACUCUCAUUGUGGGAUUUGGAUGUGGAUUAUUUCAAGCGCUUUAACCAAUUGUGUUGUCCAACACUUGAGAUUCUGCUCCUUCAACCCCAUGGGUUCAUCGAUGACGUUGGAGCAAUGGAAGCACUAAAAGUCUUGGCGUUCAUACAAUAUGGCUUUAAUUGGAAACCUUGGCGGGUUGAUUAUUGUUCAGUUCCGCAAUCAAUUGUAUCAUUAACAAAUCUUCACACCUUAUGUCUUAGAGGGAAAAUAUUGGGUGACAUAUCUCUUUUGGGUGAACUUAAAGGAUUAGAGAUUCUUGACCUACGUGGUUCCUUAUUUGUUGAAUUACCUGCUGGAAUUGUAGAAAUGAAAAUGUUGAAACUUUUGGAUAUAUAUGGUUGCCAAAUUGAGAAAAGCCCUUUAGAAGUAAUUGGAAGAUGUGAGCAGCUUGAAGAAUUAUACUUUUGGGACAAAAAAUCUGUCAUCCCAAAAAAAAUUUCUCCGUCAAGGUUGAAGAGGUAUGUUAUUUAUGAUUCCACAUGCAGUAUAAUGUCUCCAUUUGAUCAUGAUCCUUUUGAAAAAUAUUUGGAUAGUUGCGGUGAAACAUUAAGAGCUUUAUGUAUAGAAGGCUUCAAGGUCUCUGAUUUGAAUUCAUCAAUGAAAGAUCUCAUUUUUAGGGCAAACCACCUUUGGCUAGAUAAUGUGAGGUGGGAUCAUAGAGAUAUAAAUUUUCAGAUAAAGCACUUAGGGGUAUCGUGUUGUCAAGAUCAAAGAUUCAUCAUCGAGAACCUUGAUAUGAACAUGCUUCAAACACAACAAGUGUUCUCACACUUAAUUACUUUAAGGUUGUUUGAAAUGAAUAGUCUUGAGCAAGUGUUCCAAGAUUCAUCUAUCAGCUACUUUCUCCCCAUGUUACAAGAGCUAUGGAUACAGAGCUGUCCUGAAUUGAGAACUUGCAUCUUCUCACAUGCCACAAUUAUGAGCUUGCCAAAGUUGAGAAAACUUCAGUUUCAUAGGUGCAUCAAAGUGAAAUGGCUAUUGUCUUGUUCUCUGGCUUUUCAUUGUCCUUUACUAGAGGAAAUUAUUAUACGCUAUUGCUCUGAACUUGAGAGGUUCAUUGAUGAAGGAGUUGCCGAUGGGGGUCCACGACUUCAUGAUAAGCAAUAUUAUCCACAUGUAAGUAUUAUUCGCAAAAUCCCUCAUGAAUCACUGCAUAAGAAAUAA